AUGGAGCCCCGCGAGACGGCGCUGGAGGCGGUGCGGCGGGAGGUGCAGGAGGAGUCCGGGCUGCAGUGCCAUCCGCUGACGCUGCUGGCCGUGGAGGAGCGGGGACCCAGCUGGAUCCGCUUCGUCUUCCUCGCCAGGCCCACCGGCGGGGCCCUGAAGAGCCUGGAGCAGGCGGAUGCAGAGUCCCUGCAGGCGCUGUGGUGGGACCGGGAGACGCCCACUCUGCCACUCCGCUCGCGGGACAUCCUGCCCCUCAUGGACCUGGCACUGCAGUACCGCACGAGCCCCCGCCACCCUCCCGUUCUGCCUGUGGAGCUGCCCUGCGCCUCCAUCUGCCAGCGGUUCCUGCUGACCUUUGUGGAUGCCAACAACUCCCUCUGGGUGCUCCUGGACACCACAGGGGUCCCCCACCUCCCCCUGGCAGUAAACUGCCCCUCCGCCUCCAAGCCAGGCAAGAGGCUGGUGGCCGCCCUUCCGCAGCUGCUCCAGAGGUGCUUGGCCCCACCUGGGAUGGCCGUCCACCUCCAGGGCCUGCUCAGCCUGCAGCACCUCGGCAAGGAUCCCGGGCAAAGCGAUGGCAUCUGCUUCAACGUGGUGGCCACAGUCGGUAGCAGCGAAAGCUCCCAGCAGCAGGACCUGGCACCGCCCGCAUUGCAGGAACCGGCUUUAAACUGGUGGGCAGUGGAGGACUCGGCUCUGAAGGGCGAGGUGCUCCGAAGGCUCCAUUCUGCUUCCUUCCUCCCCAUUUACAGUUAG